UCCGGUUAACGAAUCUGUCGGCCAUUACAGUAGAAAAUGGUCGGGUUUCAAUUUCGGAAUGUAAGAUUUCGUAUGCUGAGGCCGAGAUGGCUUUAAGAUGUGUUCCAUUAUGACGACUAUUUAAUUUCAAUACAGGGAAUCAAAUGAUCAACAUUCCAACUUUAUUAAGGGGAAUCUGAACUUCAUAUCCCUCCAUAUCCUGUCUUUACGUAGCCAUGAAGAAGCGAGACAGUGAAGUUAUCUCAACCUCUUCUGGAACUUCCAAAGGGUCUGAUCACCGGAAGGGCUCAACAUUUUCCCUAAGGAGAAUAUUUCAUGUACGGAGACCUCGUGAUCGGUCAAAGUCACAUGCCAGCUUGGACUCGGAUUCAGCUCGAUCUGAGACGAGUCUGAAUGUAGUGACUGAGUCCACCUCCCCCAUUGCCUAUAGUGCCGUGCCCUCCCCCAGUGUCACUGCAGUGGCCCAGUCAAAGAGGAAGGACAACUGCCGAGAAUGUCCGGUCUGCAUGGUGGAUCAGGAUCUGGACAACUUUCCCGAAAUCAUGACUUGUCACCACAGAUCAUGUCGUGACUGUCUGAAGCAGUACCUGCAGAUUGAGAUCUCUGAGAGUCGUAUCAAUAUUGCAUGUCCAGAAUGUGCAGAGAAAUUCCACCCGAAUGACAUCCAGAUGAUCCUUCGGGAUGAGCUUCUCAUGACGAAGUACGAGGACUUCAUGUUACGGCGUGUCCUAGCCAUGGAUCCUGAUGCAAGGUGGUGUCCAGCACCAGACUGUGGGUACGCAGUGAUUGCCACCGGUUGUGCAGGGUGUCCAAAGUUGAAGUGUGAGAGGACUGGCUGCAACACUUUCUUCUGCUACCACUGCAAGCAGCACUGGCACCCCAACCAGACGUGUGACACGGCCAGGGCAGAGAGGUCCCCCAAUAUACGAUCAUCUUCACUCAGCUACAGUAAUGAGUCUGGAUCACAGAGUGAGUUGGUGGAUCAGUUGGUCCUCUGUUAUAUAUCUAGGACCCUAGAUGAUGAUGACUAGAUUUCCUACAACUCAGGUCGAAAUAAUUGUGGGGCAGAGUUCUGCUGGCUAUGCAUGAAGGAAAUCUCCGAUCUGCACUAUCUCAGUCCCUCUGGCUGUACAUUCUGGGGGAAGAAGCCCUGGAGCAGGAAGAAGAAGAUCCUGUGGCAGCUGGGGACCCUAGUUGGCGCUCCUGUAGGUAUUACCUUGGUGGCAGGUAUAGCUGUGCCUGCAAUGAUCAUAGGAAUCCCGUGUGGGUCGGUAGGAAGGUAACUUCAUUCCCGAUACGAGAAUUCCACCUCCAAACAUCGUUUCGAAAUCAUCGGGAUGUUUGCAUGCCUCCAUCUGGCCAUUACAGGAGGUGUGGCUGCCUCCAUCUUGGUGUCUCCUAUAAUAGCAGGCUUGGCUGUUGGUAUUGGUGUUCCCAUCCUGUUGGCGUAUGUCUACGGAGUGGUUCCCAUCUCUCUCUGUCGGAGUGGAGGUUGUGGAGUUACAACCACCAACACAGGCGGAGUUCGUUUCGAGUUCGACGAGGAGGCUGAGGGUACUCAGGCUGGGAAGUAUGCAGAUACAGGAGACAGCCACAGUGUUGAGACUGGUCACCAUGUGGCCAACCCAAGCAUCGCCCCUAGUAUCGGUGAGGCAUCAGUGGGGAUGACCAACAGUCUGAGUGCCAGCGGAAGUCACAUGGACCGUGUGGGCGGCAUACGAGAUGAGAGUGACCGGGAUUCCGCCAGCAACAGAGCUAUUGCUGGCUCAAGUCUAAACGGCUCAUUAUGUGGGAGCACAUACACCACAUACCAGAACAAACUGGAGGUGCAGGCUGAUGUUUCCACCAACCACCUGUCUCAGUGUAAGAGAGCCAGCUUCAGCAGUGAGUCGGCCAACAUCAGCCUCAGUGAAAAGUCAGCCACAGUAUCUUUCUAUGACGAUGCCAGCACAAAGGCACUGGCAGGAUCUAUUGCAGGCUAUAGCAACAAGGACAGCACCUCCCUGUCCUCCCCUCCCUGUGAGAGUCACGCUGGAGAUGACUGUGUGUCCCUGUGCCAGGACUGUACGUCCGACAACAAGAGUCACACGUCACACUCCGAGUGUCCCCGCAAGUUCAGCGCCUCACAGCCAAACUCACCUGGACUCUCCAGAAGUGUCAGUAACUCCUUCGAUGAAGUCAAGCUUCAGAAGUGCCGCAAGUGCACACGUUUUCAGGAUGUUGAUUCCCAAGAGAGUCUUCCUGGCCAUUAUCAAGGGGAGAUGAAUAGCAAAUCUGACUCAGACAAAGGUAUCAGAGUGCCGUUUGUGACAGUGUGUGAGCAAGCAGCUUCUACUGGUGAUUCUGGGUACAGGGAAAGUGUCCUUAGCAGUGAAGGGGGAGGUGAUGGAGGCUACUUUCGGGGAGGGGCCCAUGCAGAGAGAUUAGACAGUUGUUCUUCCCAGGACAGCAGUAAGAGUGGUAUGAACCUACCCGAGGUGGAAACGGACCGUCCAUCCACUGGCUCGGACAGCUCACAAAGUGCUAUUUCUUUGAUUCCACAGUCAGCCAAAGUGAGUGAUAGCUGUUUGCCAUUCCCGCAGCCAUCGCCAACCUCAUCUUGUUCAACGGGAGACUCAGCAGACGAAACUACAUCCAUGAUUCGGCGUAGACGCAGCUGUGAGCUGGCCUACAACAAUGGUCGUCUUUCUCCAACAGAGAUGAAAUAAAAUAUCCUCUGUUCAAA